AUGAAGGUCGUUCAAACCAUCUCAGCGCUCGCUCUUGUGAGCCACACCCUCGCUAUUGGCCCGUUGCCCGUUGGCAAGAACGCCGCCCUCUCGCUUGCUUCAGUAUACUUGUCGCACGUCGCGGUUGCGAACGCUCUGCCGCCCCAGCGCCGCACCGAGGACGCCAGCGGUCCCGCUGGCAAUGGCGAAGGCCCACCCGCUGGUGCCGGUCCUCCCGCUGGUGCUGGGGGUCCUGGUGAGGGUGGUCCAGGAAAUGGUCAAGGCCGAGGGAACGGUGAAGGCCCAGGAAAUGGUAAAGGCCCGGGGGACGGUGAAGGCCCAGGAAACGGUGCUGGCGCUGGCGCUGGCGCUGGCGGUGCUGGCAAGCACCAGGCAGCCGCUGCGGCUCCUCCAGCUGCCGCAGCCAUGCCGCCUCCCGCUGCGGCCGACGCGCUGCAUCCGCCACCGCCAGCUGCUGCUCAAGUCGAGUGUCCCGCCGUCGAUGCUGCGGCGAUCGACCCGGCAACCCUACACAUGAUUAUGCAGAUGAUGGCGGCACUUGGCCCGAUGGACCCUGCACUUUGUGCAGCUCAGUGUGGUGGGGCAGCUGCGGCAUCUCCACCGCCCGCUGCAGCUGCUGAGAAAGCUGCUGAUGUGACAGCGACCGCUGAUGUCGCCGCGGAAGUCACAGCGACUGCUGAUCUCACUGCCGCCAUGGCCGAUGCGACUGCAACUGCUGACGCGGCCGCCAUGGACGUGGACGUCUCUGCCUCCGCAACCAUGGCCGCAGAUGUCGCUGCUGAGACCGAGAUUGCUGCGGCAGGUGACGCUGCCGCUAUGGGCGAGGCAGAUGUCUCUGCUUCUGGAACCGUCGCCGCAGAUGCCGCGGCUGCGACUGGCAUUGCUGCUGAGGGUGGUGCCGCCGUGAUGGGCGAGGCUGCGGUCAUGGGCGAGAAGCGCGCCCCGUACAAACGCGGCUUGGCUGCCCAUGCCCGUCGCUGGGCCUUCGCCGCUUAA